GAAGAAGAAUUUCAUGGCUGAGCAAAGUGAAACUUGUUACACGAAACAUUAAAGUGUUGUGAGUAAAAUAUGUCAGUUAUGUUUUGGUUUCGGAAUGCACUGGCCUCAGUGAAUCAGAUCUGACACAGUUUUAGUUGAAAAUUAUAUCAUCGACAAGACAACGCUCAUGUCAAGUGGUCCAGCCCGGCCUGAUAUUUCAACCCUAUGCUAGAAUGUAGAACUAAAGGUUGAUAAUGUAUCCAUUCAGACAUCAGAGAACACCUCCCUCUGUCCUUCUCCAUGGUGACUAUGGCCCUUACAACAAGAGGGAGCUUGAGGCGGCCAGAGCUCAGUUAAUUAAUGAUGUGUAUACUAUGCCUGGUGCCAUUUUGGACAGAGUGAGGUCAAAGUGUGGAAUCAUUCCAAAUAGAUUUGGGGUAUUCAGUGGUUGCGAGCCUCAUCCAAGGACAUAUGUGUCUUAUGAAUCCCAAUCCUGUGCUUUGGUUGCUGAAGGAGGAUGGCCAGAGAUCAUUAGGGAAAAUCCAAUUGUUCAAAAUGGUGGUAGCAGGUAUGAACCUGAAAGUCACUCCAGUGGUAGAGCUACACCAACAAGUAGUAGAGACUCACAGGUAUUCAGGUCUCAUGAUGAUGAAACACCAUCGACGUCAGGAAGUGUGAAACGAAAAAAUGACAUGGUGGAAGAUGAUGAUGAAUUGUUUGAUGGCGAAAGUUUUAAGAAGUUGAAGAAAUGCGAUGAACUUGAUGAGCUCGACGAUCUUGAAGUUAGCGAUGUCUCUGACAACAUAGAUAGUGAUGAAGAAAGUGUUGUAGGCUUUAAAUGUGAUCUGUGCAAAUUCACGUCUACCGAUGCUGGAUUUAUGCAGAGCCACUUAAAGGACAAUCUUCACUUCUCUGCAAGUGAAUAUGAAGGUGUCAUCGAAAAUCAAAUCUUCGUGCCACAAGGGCUUUUGAAACCAAUGACACAUAUACAUGAAGGUGGUAAAUUGCAAUGCCUCAUUCCAAUGUGUACAGUAUGUAAAGAAGUGUUUAAUGACGUCCAUUCAUGCUACAGUCACUCUCAAAAGACUCAUAAGAUGGACAAGCCCCUCUAUGCUUUAAGUGUUGUGAGAGCUUGCAGAACGGUUAUUUUCAAUCUUCCCCCUCAGUGUCCUGUAUGUGAAAUGUUUUUCAGUGGGGCUGCUCAACUAUACAACCAUUGCAGAUCAUCUGGACAUUUACUCUACAAACCACCAGAAUCCAAUGAAAGAGUGUUGCUGGUUUGUAUUUAUUGCAAAUCUGAAGUAGUGUUCACAGACUUUUACAAAUGUCAGGAUCAUCUGUUGUGCAAGCAUGGUACUGGCAAACAAAAACUUGAGAUGAAGAUUCUCUAUGUAGAAAUGCCAACGGAGGUGAAAGAGAUGUUACCUAAAGUUGUUAGGAACAGUGACUACCAAGAAUGUCCUGAUGUGCCCCGUAGAAAGAAAAAGAAAAAGAAGAGAUCAAACCAUUCCAAAGGAAAAAAUGCUAAAAAUAAUAUGGCCAGGAAGGGUGGAGGAAAGUCUUUUUACAAGGAUCGUCAGGUAUUUAAUUAUUCCCACAGAUCUUCCAAGUGAGGUUAUUUGGUUGAGCUGCUUUUGUGUGACAUUUAUAAACAGCUCAUUGUCAAAGAACUCUAGCUAGCUGUUGCCAGACUGGUAACAGUUUUCAAGGCUCUACAAUAGAUAUGAAGAAUGUUCAGCUUUCAUAUUCUGAACACAAUCAGUAUCAUUACUAUGAGUGUAUUCUGUAAAACAGGUCACUGUUUGCAUGCAUCUACAAUGGAUGAGGGACGUCUCUAUAUGAGUUUCAUGUCCUGAAGACAGUCUGUAUCAAUUUUUUCUGUAAAACAGGUAACAGUUUGCAUGCGUCUUCAGUGGAUAUGAGGGACGUCUCUAUAUAAUUUUCAUAUUCUGAAGACAAUCUGUAU